GUGCAUCUGUCUCGACAUUGCUGUCCAAUCGGAGCUUUCGACAUGUGUGCAAACGAAUUGCCCGUUUGACGAUCAACUAAGUUGGCCCCGCUGUUUCCUCUCUGGAAGCCCAUCUGACCUUCUGAAGCUGCAGCGACGGUGGAGGGAGCCCUGUGCGAAGCGUAUCCCAAAGCAUCGCGAAGGACGGAAGUCCGACGGACGCUCAUCAUCAGCUGCAGCCUUGUGCUGUUCAUUGUGACGCUUCGUCUUUUCACGAGCAAACAGUAUGCGGGUGGUCUAUGGAGGGACGACUACAUGACCAUCCUCGCGGCGGUACCUGACCCCAACUCUCCAAGAAAUCCUUUCUGAUGUCGUCUGCCAGGCACUCCUCAUCGCCUUGGCCGCGGUCUACCUGCACAUUACAAGCAUCGGCUUCGGCAUGCACUACUGGACGAUACCGGUUGGUAAUGGGGUCGUUAUCCGAAAGAUGCUGUACGUCGGGAACUUGAUCUACACCGUCCUUCAAGCCGCCGUGAAGCUGUCGAUCGUGCUCUUCCUCGGCCGCAUUUUCCCGUCGGAGACCUUUCGGAGGAUUGCUCAGGGCCUUCAGAUCAUUCUGCUACUGCAUGGCACGCUCUUCAUCAUCCCGUUCGCGACGCAAUGCGUGCCUGUGCAGUCAAUAUGGGACCGCACCAUCACCGACCGCCGAUGUCUGAACCUGCAAGCUGUGGGCUAUAGUAGUGGCGGACUCGCCAUGGCGGAGGACAUCGCCAUCUUGCUCCUGCCGGUCCCCUACGUGUGGCGGCUCAAGAUCUCUCUCCGGCGACGCUUAGCCGUCAUCGCGCUGUUCAGCAUUGGGUCCUUGUGAGUUAGGUCUCACGUCCCGGCAGAAGGGUGGGAGGAGAAGGCUCACACGGCAGACAGCGCGUGCGUGACGUCGGCGGUCCGGGUCAGAUACCUGGUGGAGUACAGCACCACGUUCGACGAGACAUGGGAUCAUGUCGAUAUUGUGGCGUGGUCGUUCAUCGAGCAGUCGACGGCGAUGCUGUGUGC